UUUUUAACAGGUAUGGGUGUUUGGAAUGGUAGAGAGAGCUUCCAACACAGUUAUCCUAUAUCCUGUAGAGGACAGAUCGAAUGCAACGCUUAUCCCAUUAAUCGAACGCCACGUAGAAAAGGGAAGCACCAUUUUCAGCGAUGGAUGGACUGCCUACUGUAAAUUAAAUGAAUUGGGGUACCGACAUUUCUCUGUGUUACACAAAUAUUCGUUUAAAAAGGAGUACAAAAAUCUUGAAACCGGGGACAUAGUUACGGUACAUACGAAUAGAAUAGAAGGGGCCUGGAAGCAUGCUAAAGACCAUUUUCGGAAGAUGUCCGGAAAUAAAGCAAAUCAAUGGGAAGGUCACAUGGCGGAGAUUAUGUGGCGUGCCGAUGUGAAAGGCGACACAUAUGUAGCAUUUUUUGAUCUCCUGAGAUCAAUUUAUACCCUACAGGAACCACCUCAGUAUAUGUACACUACCCCACUGUUUGAUUCCUGGUCCGGCGCAGUAGGAAACAUGACAAACUGGACAGUGGAACCAGAAGUAACAGAUGCCCAGAGCGAAUCAAGUUCCAGUGUUGAUGAAAACCCUGAAUCCUAUCUAACAGGAACACCACCAAUUCCACGAACUACGCCUUCACCAUCUUCACAUCCUGAACAUGACAUCGUCACAAUUUCAUCUGAUGAUGAUGUUCCAACAGCUGCGCAACGGGAAAGGAAAUCUGAAAAUCUUCGGCCAGAAACAGUUGCAUUAUUGUCAGACCUGUUUUCAGACAGUUCAUUGGAUGAAACCGUUGUGGAAGCGCCUGAAUGCCCCAUUGCCGUCGCAGGAACCAGUAAAGAUAACAGCACAGGUACCAGGAAGAAAACCAAAACGGAUAAUGUUUGCCAUCCCGCAGGUUACGCACCGACGAAAUCUGAGAAAAAAAGGUCCCAUAAAAGAAGAGAAGCAAACCCAUACACGAAGUCAAAUUAUUUGUUGUGGUCAUCUUCGGAUGACGACUUUCAGUAAAGAUCGCAUAAUGUUACUUUGAAGUAAUAAUUAAAGUCCUAGAUAAGGACCUCUUCAUACAUGUACCAAGUAGUACAACGAUUUCAGCAGUCAGCUAUAUACUGUAAAUAUAUAAGAACUUUUGUUUUGUUUAUAUUCUGUGAUACACCUUCAAGAAGAAGAUAUCUUACCUUUGACAGUUGUCACGUGUACAUGACAUAACGCAAGGUAAGUAAAUAUUUUUAUUUUUAAUGCGCAUGCGUAUGAGAUACAUUUCA